GCACAGAAAAACAAUGAGCUUCAGCCAGAAUGGCAAACCAGUGGUUAUUCACGAUAUGUACACCACACAAACAGAUCCUGUCUUGAAGAGAUGGUAGCGUGUCUUGAAGUGCUGUCUGCAACAGGCAGAUAGUGCCAUUUGUCCAGGCCUGCAGUGCUCAAUGUGACCCCAGUGAAUGCAGGCAGGCAAUGGGUCAGUUCUACUCAACUCUUCCUUACGAUUUGGCUGAAUCGCUGGUGUUCUGCGAGUGUGAAAGAGAAGACCCAGAAUGCCAGCAGAUGAAGACCUCUCUACACUACGGAUCCUGCAUAAGUGAUCAGUCGCAGAUGCCAUUGACCUGCCUAGAUAUGCUGGACAGCUGUGCUGGAGAUGCACUGUGCAGGCAGACUUUCACCAGGUACCUGUUCGAAUGUUUUGGCGUAGUGGAAGCUCCAUUCAGUGAGAAUUCGACCAGUGACUGGUUGCAGCAUCUAGACCCAGACCUUUUUCUUGAGGAAGAGCAUCAAUGCCGGGUGGCGUUUGUGGCCACAAUGGGUUCAGUGCUUCACAAUCCAUGUACUUGUGAUGGAUUGCGUUAUCAUCACCAGCAUAAGUGCAAUGAGCUCCAACACAUGUUCCAAAACAAGUCCCUUUUUAAGCUUUCAGUGACCAAAAAACUUUUUAGAGAAAAACCAUCUGAUAAAUCAAGCAUUGAGCAACAAACAACUAACGGAUCAAGCAUUCAGAAGCAGUGGUUAAGUGGAGAAUCCACCAAGCUGCUGCCACCGGUACCCACAACCGGCAUUCUCAUGGCGAUCAGACCAAGCACUGGCAGUCGGGCCCCCAUGAAUGUGGACCUCCCGAAUGUGGAGUUGUCCAGAGGUCCUCACUACAUAACCUCCUCCUCUGUCGCCUACCCACCCCAGGCUGUCGCUUGCUCCCCCUGCCACAAGGCCUCACCUCCAGAGCUCUUCCCCAUCGAGGAAGGACCUACCACCGUGCCACUUCCAUACGUGGCUGUUAAGAACAUGUGA